AGAGAAUCCGGCGAGAGCAGGCUUCUGACGAGUUCGUUCGAGUCAUGGAGGCCAACGUUCGCGCCGGAGGCGUCGAGGGUUUUCAGCUAGGUGCCGAUGGUGCCCUAGAGUUCAGGGGAGGGAUCGUGGUCCCAAAGGUCGAGGCGUUGCAGAAGGAGAUUUUAUCAGAGGCUCAUACUGCACCCUAUCUGGCCCAUCCCGGGAGCACGAAGAUGUAUCACGACCUGAAAGGGUCGUUCUGGUGGCGAGGUAUGAAGAAAGACGUCGCCGAGUUUGUCAGAAGGUGUCUUACAUGUCAGCAAGUCAAAACCAAACUUCAUAGUCCGAUCGGCCUCCUACAACCACUGCCAAUUCCGAGGUGGAAGUGGGAGGAAGUCACGAUGGAUUUCGUUACGGGAUUGCCGAAGUCGUCUGAACAUCACGACGCUAUCUGGGUUGUGGUCGACAGACUUACUAAGGUCGCUCAUUUCCUACCCGUUUCGAUGAAGAUGUCUUUGGAUAAGUUGGCUGAGAUAUAUACCCGUGGAAUCAUCCGACUCCACGGAGUGCCCGUCACUAUCGUAUCAGACAGAGAUCCCAGAUUCAUUAGUCGAUUCUGGCACAGUUUACACGAGGCGAUGGGCACGAAGCUAGAGUUCAGUUCAGCCUACCAUCUGGAGACAGACGUAAAUAACAAUAAUAAUAAAGAGGACCAAUACAAACCAGGAAAAAAAAAUAAUAACUCCAAUAAUCCACACCCGAAUGGGGUAUUACAGUUGGAUUAUGAUACUAGCAUUGAUGAAGAUCCUGUUUCGUUUUCACAAGCCAUUAACAGUGACGAGUCUCAUAAAUGGAUUGAUGCUAUGAAAGAAGAGUUAAACUCUAUGGCUAAAAAUAAUGUUUGGGAUCUAGUAGAGUUGCCAGAAAGUUCAAAACGAGUUGGGUGUAAGUGGGUCUUUAAGACCAAACGCGACUCGAGUGGCAAUAUCGAACGACAUAAAGCUAGACUUGUUGCCAAGGGUUAUACUCAAAAAGAUGGCAUUGAUUAUAAGCAGACUUUUUCACCUGUUUCUGAGAAAGAUUCCUUGAGGAUCAUUAUGGCUUUA